AUGAGAUCCAUAAUUUUAUAUUCUCUAUGUUUUUUGGCACUUGUAGUAAUUUUGGAAGCUGUCGGACCACAUCAAGAACCAAAACACGUGGAAUCCAGAUCUGUAGAUCCGAAUUUCGGGCAUGCCAAUGCUGGAAUCUGGAAGAAUGAUGGAAAAAAACGCGAAAAACGCUAUGGCUACUAUGGUGGAUAUGGUGGCUAUGGUGGCUAUGGUUACGGUGGAUAUGGUGGAUAUGGCGGAUAUGGUGGAUAUGGAGGAUACGGUGGCUACGGUGGAUGGGGACGUGGCUAUGGAGGAUGGGGACGUAGAUAUGGCGGUUAUGGUGGCUAUGGUGGAUAUGGUGGAUAUGGUGGCGGAUGGCGACGACGAUGGGGAUGGGGAAAAUAA